GCCAAUAGGGACAGGGAAAGGGGUCCCAGGACUAGGAAGGAACGGCAGCCGGUAGGGGGCUUCGGGGACCAUGGGCCUUCUGACCAUCCUAAAGAAGAUGAAGCAGAAAGAGCGGGAGCUGCGACUACUCAUGCUCGGCCUAGACAAUGCUGGCAAAACAACUAUCCUCAAGAAGUUCAAUGGAGAAGACAUCGACACCAUCUCCCCGACGCUGGGCUUCAACAUCAAGACCCUGGAGCACCGGGGAUUCAAGCUGAACAUCUGGGAUGUUGGCGGCCAGAAGUCCCUCCGGUCCUACUGGCGGAACUACUUUGAGAGCACCGACGGCCUCAUCUGGGUGGUGGACAGCGCCGACCGCCAGCGCAUGCAGGACUGCCAGCGGGAGCUCCAGAGCCUGCUGGUGGAGGAGCGCCUGGCUGGAGCCACUCUCCUCAUCUUUGCUAACAAGCAGGACCUGCCUGGAGCACUGUCUUCUAAUGCCAUUCGCGAGGCCCUGGAGCUGGACUCCAUCCGCAGCCAUCACUGGUGCAUCCAGGGCUGCAGCGCCGUCACCGGGGAUAACCUGCUGCUGGGCAUCGACUGGCUCCUGGACGACAUCUCCAGCCGCAUCUUCACAGCUGACUGAGCCACUCCAGAUGCCCCCGCCCCUCAGUCGGGCGCCCCCCCACCCCCGGCCCUCACCAAGUAACACCCAAGGGGGGACGGGAAUCAGCAAGUCCAACUAACACUCCCUGUCCCCCUCCGUAACCUGCUGCUGCUGCCCACUGCUGCCCCACGGCCAGCCUGGCUCCCGUGGCGGGCGGACUGCCGUCCUGGCUGUCACCCAGGCUCCUGACCCGGCCCUCCUGCAGCUGCCUCCCCCGGGCCAGGGCCGGGGCCGGGGCUGGGGCUGGGAGGGGGCCGCCUCUGCUGCUACCAAGGCUAUGGGCCUCGUCCUUUGCUCAGCUGUGAGAAUAAACUGUUCCUGUCCUGAUCCUGGCUGCGUC